UCAAAUAAACCGUUCUACGUGUAACAUGUGUUUUUGAGUCUCGUUAUACUAAUUCACAAUGAAGAUUAAAAAGAGAUCUAAUACAGUGAGAAUUCCACCAGUUGAAAAAGUUAUAAAAAUUAAACGUAAUUCAUCAGAUAAAGAAGAGGAGUCAACUGUAGCCAAAGCAAUAAAAAAUAUCAAGAAAGUACUAGAGAAGAAAGAUGUUAAAGCGACAGACACUUCAGAAACAGUUUCAAUUCCUAAAACAAGAAAAUUGCAUAAAAUUAGUAAAAAUCAAAGAAGACAUAUAAAACUUAGAAAAAAGUAUCCAAGAGGCAUAAUAUAUUUAGGUCAUAUACCUCAUGGUUUUUAUGAGGAUGAAAUGACAGAUUAUUUCAAACAAUUUGGAAAAAUAACCAGAGCGCGAGUUGUCCGAUCAAAAAAUACUGGUAGAAGUCGUGGUUAUGGAUAUGUGGAGUUCAUGCAUCCUGAAGUUGCCAAAGUAGCUGCAGAAACAAUGAAUAACUAUCUUAUGUGUGGAAGAUUAUUAAAAGCUACAUAUAUUCCACCUGAGAAACAACAUAAUGGUUUUUUUAAUGGUAAGUCGUGGACAAAAGAAACUUAUCCUAAAAUAAUAAAUAGGAAUAAAGUUACUAAAAUAAGAAAUGGAAAUGUUAAAAAAGAAAAGCAUGUAAGUUUUGUACAAAGUACAAAAGAUAAGUUAUCUGCAUUAGAAAAGAAAUUGAAAGAGAAGGGUUUUGAUAUGAAUUUUAUACCAGUAGAUGAUUCUAGAUAAUAUUAAUAAUCUUUUAUUAAACACAAUAAUAUACAGAUGUAUAAUUAAGUAUUAUGGAGAUAUUGAACACAUUUCUUUGAUUAUAUAAUUUCACAUAAUUUACUAUUUACAAUUAACUAUUGUAUAAAAUGCUUGAAAAAACUGAAGAAAUAAUUAUCAAAAAAUAUUAA